AUGUGGCGUGCACAUGCUAUGGCAAACCGGAGACGUAGGAAUACCGUAGGUGCUGAUGAGAUUGCUAAUGCGAUCCAUAGGAUGGUGGACUCUAUGCAACCAGUGGCAACACAACCUAGAGCGAUGAUUCCUCCGGUGAAACCUGUGACGAUGGAGGAUUUCAUGCGUCAUAAGCCAGCCAAAUUUACUGGGAAGGCUACCCCAGAUGAGGCAGACGCGUGGUUACGCGAGUGCGAGAAGAUCUUUCGGGUGAUAGAAUGCACAAAGGCGCAGAAACUCACAUUCGCCACCUUUCUGUUAGUGAUUGAGGCCGAGUAUUGGUGGAUGGGGAUGCAACAACAGAUGCAGACCCAGGAGGAGGAGGUGUCAUGGACCAACUUCAGGAGGAGGUUCCUGGAGAAGUACUUUCCUGACAGCGCUAAACAUGAGCGCGAGGCAGAAUUUCUCACACUACAACAGGGGAGCUUGUCUGUGCAAGCAUAUGUGGAGAGGUUUGAAUACCUAUCUAAGUUCUACUCACAGACCGUCACCGAGGAGUGGCGCUGCGGGAAGUUUGAGGGCGGCUUGAAACAUGAGUUGCGAAGCAUUAUAGUGCCUUUGAGGGUCAGAGAGUUUCCCGUUUUGGUCGAGCAGGCCAAAAGCCUGGAACAAUUAGAGAUGGGGCCCAGUCGGCCGGGGCAUUUUUCUAACAAGUGUUCGAAUAAGAAGUCCACCCCCGGAUCACGAUCUCAACCACCUUCCUCUGAUAGGCCGAGAGCGGCAGGCCGGGUUUUCGCCAUGACCAGCACUAAGGCCUCCCGGUCAGGAGCUUCACACUCCUUCAUAUCCCACGACUGCGUGAAGAAACUGGGAUUGUCGACUUGCGACUCUGGGGUGCGAGGUGAUCGUCUCGACACCAGCAUCUGGGUAGAGGGCAGACGAUUCAAGGUGAACCUCAUAUGCUUGCCUUUGGAGGGUUUGGACGUGAUAUUAGGAAUUGACUGGUUGUCAAACAAUCACAUAGUCUUUGAUUGUGGACAACACAGGGUGGUGUUCCCAGAGUCAAAGGGAAUUGAGUUGAUCUCCUCUCACAGAGCCUUGAAGGAAAUGGAAGAUGGAGCUACUUGUUUCAUGAUAGUGGCUCAAGGAGAAAAGAAGAGCACAGAGGAAAAGAUCAGAAGUAUACCAGUGGUGGACGAGUAUGUCGACGUAUUUCCUGAUAAAAUACCCGAAUUGCCACCAAGUAGGGAUAUAGAUUUCUCUAUUGAUCUAAUCCCUAGAGCGGGUCCAGUGUCGGCCGCUCCUUAUAGAAUGGCACCAGCGGAGUUGGCAGAGCUGAAAAAGCAGAUCGAGAAUCUGCUAGAGAAGAAGUUUAUCAGACCUAGUGCGUCACCAUGGGAGCUCCUGUGUUACUAG